AUGGCUAUAGCAUUCAACUUGCCGAGUGAAAGAGAGGCAACAGAGGAGAACUUCUCGCGGCUGAACCGGCUUCUAGCCGAACUGUACGAAGUUCUGUGCCACAUCUUGGUAUCACGCCAACCUGGCCAAGAAGCCCAGGAGAAUAGGCGAGGUGAGUGUCCUCGUGAGCAUAACACACCACCUUACCACUUAAGAUGCAAUUCGACCUACAUUGUCAACCUUGUAAUGGUUGUGGCCAUCAUAAAAGUGUCCCUCGCAUCGUCUCUCUUCAAUACCAUCAGAUAA